AUGCUAAAGACCUGCAGCUAUUUGCCUUGUACAAUUUGCUCAUUUCUCUUUAUUUCUCUGUUUUCCUGCACUGAUCACUUAAAGGACAAUCUCUCUUGCAAACAAAAUCCCCGGAGCCUGAUUAGAGGGACUGAAGGCUCCCAGACACGGAUUGCCUGCCAGCCACAGCACGGCGGAGCGGGCCCGGCAGGAGGCGGAGCGGGCCGCCGCACGUCCCCCGGCCGGUCGGCCGGCCCCCCCGCCAUGGGUCGGAAGCGCUGCGUGGGGGGAGACGGCUCCAAGAUGGCGGCGGGUUGCUGCGGGGUGAAGAAGCAGAAACUCUCCAGUUCCCCUCCCUCGGGCUCGGCCGGCCCGGGAGGCGGCGGCAGCGGCUCCCACUGCGGCGGGGCGGCGGCGGCGGGGGGCGAGCCGGGGGCGCUGCCCCCGCCAGGGGGCCCCCGCCUCAACGGCCUUGGGGGGCUGGCGGGGGGCGCCGCCGGCUGCGCCCUCUCCCCGCCGCUGCCGCCCAGCUGCGGCGGGGGCCCCGCCGGCCUCUCCCCGCCGGCCGCCUCGCUGCUCUCCUCCCCCGGCGCCGGCUCCGGCGGGCCCGGCUGCAGGAAGAUGGUGGUGUCGGCCGAGAUGUGCUGCUUCUGCUUCGAUGUGCUCUACUGUCACCUGUACGGCUACCAGCCCCCGCGGAGCCCCCGCUUCACCAACGACCCCUACCCACUGUUUGUAACGUGGAAGAUUGGUCGAGAUAAACGAUUGCGUGGAUGCAUAGGUACUUUUUCCGCCAUGAACCUGCAUUCAGGACUCAGGGAGUACACACUUACUAGUGCCCUUAAAGAUAGUCGUUUCCCCCCAAUGACGAGGGAUGAGCUGCCACGGCUUUUCUGCUCAGUGUCUCUACUCACUAACUUUGAAGAUGUAUGUGACUACAUGGACUGGGAGGUGGGUGUACAUGGCAUUAGAAUAGAAUUCAUCAAUGAAAAAGGAUCAAAACGCACCGCCACCUACUUACCGGAGGUUGCAAAGGAGCAAGGAUGGGACCACAUUCAAACCAUAGAUUCCUUAUUGAGGAAAGGAGGCUACAAAGCUCCAAUUACUAAUGAAUUCAGGAAAACAAUAAAGCUAACCAGGUACCGUAGUGAGAAGAUGACGAUGAGCUACACAGAGUACCUUGCCCAUCGUCAGCAUCAUCAUUUCCAAAAUGGUAUUGGGCACCCCCUUCCACCAUACAACCAUUAUUCCUGACACUGAGCCGCAUGACCAGUCACUGGACCUCUCUGCAGACCUCUUCCCAGGAGACCCUGCCCCUUCUUGGUCUAGCUAUCUCUAUUACUGUACCAUUUUAUGAUGAUAGU